AUGAAUCUGAAUAGGAGCUCCGUUGAAUCGGUGGCGGCUCAAAUCCAAGGGCUUUCCGGCGGCGACUUAACUCAGCUCCACAACUACUUGAAACAGAUCGAUAACACGCUCCACUCCGACCCGACUCAGCUCGCCGCUCUGCUCAAUGAACUUGAUCCCUCCAUACAUUCCCUUGGCUGCCUCUACGUUUUGGAGGCAUUGACAUCUGUGCCAGUUUCAAAAGAUCAAAUCGACGAGACUGUUCACUCUAUAGCUAGGUUUAUUAAUGUCUGUGCUGCCGAGCAAAUUCGUUUAGCACCAGAAAAAUUUAUAUGUCUUUGUAAGCGGUUAAAGGAUCAAGUCAUGUUGCUGGCAGACCCCAUACGUGGUGUGGCUCCACUGUUGACAGCCAUACGCAAGCUGCGGUCAUCCACGGAACAAUUAACCACUUUGCAUUCUGAUUUUCUUCUUCUUUGUUUAUUGUCCAAGUGCUAUAAAACAGGCCUUUCCAUUUUGAAGGAAGAAAUAUUUGAGGUUGACCAGCCUCGUGACCUUUUCCUGUAUUGUUAUUAUGGGGGCAUGAUUUGCAUCGGACAAAAGAAGUUCAGCAACGCUUUGGAGCUCCUACACAAUGUUGUGACAGCCCCCAUGUCCAUUAUCAGUGCUAUAGCAGUUGAAGCAUACAAGAAGUACAUUCUGGUUUCUCUUAUUCAUCUUGGACGGUUCUCUACCAGUUUUCCCAAGUAUACUUCUUCGGCUGCUCAAAGGAAUCUUAAAAACUUUUGUCAGCCCUACCUUGAGCUGGUGAAUGUUUAUAGCACUGGAAAGGUUUCAGAGCUUGAGAUGUUCGUGCAGGCAAACAAGGACAAGUUUGCGAGUGACAAGAAUCUUGGACUGGUGAAGCAAGUUAUGGCUUCUAUGUAUAAACGCAAUAUUCAGAGGUUGACUCAGACUUACCUAACUCUCUCCCUUCAAGAUAUUGCUAAUAUCGUUCAACUGAGAAGCCCCAAGGAGGCUGAGAUGCAUGUUCUUCAGAUGAUUCAAGAGGGUGAGAUUUAUGCGGCGAUUAACCAGAAGGAUGGGAUGGUUAGAUUUCUCGAGGAUCCUGAACAGUACAAAACCUGUGGAAUGAUUGAACGCAUUGACUCCUCUAUCCAAAGAAUUAUGAUGCUCUCGAAGAAGCUAACUUCUAUGAAUGAAGUUAUGUCAUGCGACCCUUCUUACCUGGGGAAGAUUGGAAGGGAGCGCCAGAGACUUGAUUUCGAAGAUUUUGACACAGUACCUUCAAAAUUUAAUAUAUGA